AUGAAUCACAUUUAACAAGUUUUUAUUUAGAGUAUAAUGAAAUAAUAAUAGCAAGAGAAACAAUAAUAAGUCAAAUAAGAAGAAAAUGGUUAGAAACAAAAUAUUUAAGUAUAAUAUUUAUCAUAUUUUAUUUAGUAUUUGUAGAAAUAAUAGCUACUCACAAUUAUUCAGAAAUGCUAAUAACAAUAAUAACCAAUUUAGUAAGCAUCGUAUUAUAUUUAAAUAUUAAUUUAGGAAGUGUCUUACUUUAAUUGAAGUUUAAAAUUAAAUAACAUCAUACUUUUAGUAAAUGAUUCUUUAAAAGCAAAUAAUCAAUAUAAAUAAUGUAUUAGAUUAACAAUUACCAUAUUUCUUACGAGUUAUGGGGAAUUUAAUAAUAAAUGGACUUGAAAAUUGUCAAGGAGAUAAGGAAAUUGUUUAAGAAAUUAUAUCAUAAUACAAAUCUAAUCCACUUAAAAUUACUAUGAGUUGUUCUUUAUUCUAAACUAUAGGGCUCUUGUUUCGUUCUUAAUUAGUAUAUUAUGACUAAUGUAAUCACUAAAAUAAUAAUAUAAGGUACAAAAUAUCUUGUAAAUUUUUUGUUGUUCCGUGAUGACUUUUGUGACAUCUUCUUUAAUACCUUAUACAUUUAUUAAAUUACUCAUGGUUAAACAUUUAGUCAAUAGAUUGGAUUUACUUAGAUUCAUUAAAUGAUUAAGAAAACUUAAGAUGAUGUAUGGACAGCAUUUAUAUUUAAAAUGAUGAGUUAAUAAUAAUAGAAAAUGACUAAAGAUAUAUUUUUAUUACAGUUCAAUUAAUAUACUGUUUCUAUGAACAAUUUCUUUACUAAAAGCAAUUUAAUAAUGGAUUUAGUUGCUCAAAGUGUAAAAUAGACAUCAAAAUUGCAUAAUGAUGAAAUAUUUUAAGAAGUAAUAAAUUGAUUAAAAAUAGUAUUUAUUAAUUAUGGGUAGUUUUAAGGCUACGACAUAAGAUUUUUUAAAAAAGGCCACUUAAGUAUUUUUUGAAGAAUCAAAUGAUCUAGAUUUAUUGUAAUUUAGCAAUAAUAUUAUAAAAAUUCAUAAAUAAAUGAAUUGCUAAAUCUUAUUUAUUUUACCUAUGUUACUUUAAUUGGAGAGUUAAUAUUUAGAUCAUCUUAUUUAAAAUGGAAUUUAAGAAUAAUAACCAGUUAAAAAUAGUUCAAAUUAUUAUUUAAAAAUGAUUGAGAAAUUAAAAAAUAAAUGUGUUUAUAAUGGUGAAGAAGAAUGUAAUUGCAAAAAAUGUUUAUGGUAUUUAAUUCUAAAUAUAAUUUAGUAUUAGAAGGAAUAGAAACUCAGCAAAAGAAUCUUAAAAAAAGAAGAGAGAGGCCUUAGAAAAAAUAGGUCCAUUAUAAGAUGAAUAUGAUAAAAUUUAAAAGAAAGUAUAAAAUAUCAAAAUAAAAUGUUUUUAGGUAUAAUCUCUUGAAAAAGAAAAUUAAGUUAUUACAACAUUAUUACUUGAUGUAUUUAAACAUCCAUCUCUAGAAUAAUUGGCAUCCUAAUUCAUAGAGCCUCUCACUAAAAUUAUAUCUGAUCAAGAAUUCUAUAAUAUUGAUGAAUGUUGA